AUGGGCAGAAUCCACACCCGCGAUGCCUUGCUAAAGAAGCAUAUCGUCGAGCUAUGCGGCGCCGGAUGCCCUGAGUGCGAGGCACGGUUGGAGACGCCGGACCACCUCAUCUUCGCCUGCCCGUUCGCGUGCGCCUUCUGGGCUGUGCUCGGGGUGGACACGACUGGCUGCUCUACUCGAGAUCUCCACCUCUUCGACGCCUCUGCUACGGUCGGGCCUGCGUCCCUCUACGCCUUCUCUCUGCUCUGCUGUUGGCACCUAUGGAAAAGACGAAACAUGGUGGUGUUUCGACGGGAGUCCCCUUCCCUUGCCACGACACUAAAAGCCUGUCGGUUUCGCUCCAGUGAACAAGAUCACGUCGAUGCCUGGCUGCGAGUGCUUUGCUUGUAA